GUUACUGGUGGUUUUGAUACUAGCAGCAGCACCUACUGCCAAACCCCUUGUGAAGACGAUGAUGAUGUUGAUUGCGAUGACAACAACGGCAAGGCCAACGAAACAAACCACUUUGUUAUGAGUGGUAUUGCCCAACCUGACUACUUGCACUCUUCUUUUCCCGCAAAUCAUCCAUUUCCAGCAAGCAGCCCUUCAGUCUUACCCUAUCUUGCCCACGUGGGGGCUCCGGUUUCCUCCACCAACGCCGUGGUUAAUACCUCUCCUUCUAUCAUCACCAAGACUGGAAGUAACAUUAGCACCGUCAUGGCCAACAGCAUCACCAAGACUAUAGGUCAUCCGCUCAAUGCCCGUCAAUUUCGCGGUUCACCGCCUCCCUUGCAUCACCAUAUCCCUUCCGGCCUCUCGUUCGCUGCUUCAAGAUCUCCUCCUCCUCCACCCGCGCCUCCUCCUCCUGCCAAUGGAGUGUUAUUGCGGUCUCUGGAUGGGCUUUCCGGUCGGUCUGGUGAUGCGCCGCCCCCUAUCGUCACCUUUACUCAUCCGUCCUUCGAUAGCACACCAAAGCCUGAUGUGGCCUGGUUGGGCCUGAAGUCUCGUGAUUCUAAAGAGCUUUCAAGUGGCCCGACAAAGUCGGGUGAUCAGAGAGCCGUGACGAUGAGACGCAACGAGGACGAAAAGGAUGAAGAGGAAGAUGAGGAGCGCCUGAGUUUGGAUGAGGGACUCUCAGUCGCGUAUCCCGGCCACCAUCAUCACCAGCACAAGGCGAGAGGAGCCUUUAACCCGGAGAAGGUCUGCAACAACGGUGUCGAGUGUAUGGAGAUGCCAAUCGCCUGGCCGGAGGCUGCUUUGUACAGCUGUUAUGCGGGUUCGGCAGAGGAUUCGCGGACACAUUUUCCCGGAGGAUCGGAGGAGCAGAAGAAAAAACCAUCUUGCGACUUUUUUCAGGUUGUUAGCGCUAUGCGAUGUUACAAAACUUUACCAGUUCUACUGACGAUAGGGACGUCAACAGUAAGAACGAUUAAGAAGCCAGCCUAUGACGAUUUCAAGCCCAGCUAA